AUGGCGGAGGACGAAGACGGUGUUUCAAAUAAGAAUUCGCCUGAAAAAUCGAGUAGCCCAGGAUCCUCUCAGGAAAAUGAAUCAAAUGCUGCAAAGCCAGAUUUAGGUAUCGAAGAAACAAAAUACAAUAGCAAUGAAAACGGUGAAACAUCGUCCACUGAGGCGAAAUGUUCUUCUUCCAAGUCUACAGGGGCGACGCGGAAGGAUGAGAAUCCGUUUUCGUUUAGACAUUUCUUGAAGCGGGAUCUGUCUCUGCCGGGUAACUCGACUUACGAAAACACUGGCGCUCGUCCGAAAGUGUAUGCAAACACGGUACAGCAUUCACCGACGAAGAUAGACGUGCACGCUGACGCACGGCGGGAUAAGUCUCGCUCCAGUGACUCCCAAGCCAAAGAGAAAACCAUCGAAGGCAGUAGCCAUCGUACAAGUGACAACACAUCCUCAAGUAGUUCCGUAGAAAUACCUUUUAGUGUAGUGGAUAACUCUGAAUCUAAGCAUAACUUAUACGCGGACAAUGUUGACGUGCCGUUUUAUCACAGACCAAAUUUGGCUUCGGAGCCUCUAGGGAUGCCUUCAUUACCAGAUUUUGUGCAAGACCACAUUUUGGUUGAACAGGCGUAUUUGAACUUUAAUGGGCCAAUAUCGGUGGAUUUGGAUAACUUACCGGACUUUACGUUUAAUACUAGUUUCAAUGCGGGUUCAUCCUCUUCCUUGGGUAGAAAGAAAAGGAUGCACAAUAAUUUGCAAUAUGCAAAUUAUGAUGGUAGGAGUUAUGACUAUGAAGCAUAUAUGGGUGCUGCAUCUACAUCAAAUGAAUCUGGACAAGCUGGAGGUAGUGGGAUCCCACUGGACUUGCCUGCUGGUGCCGAGGCAGCUGGACCAUUGCCGUUAGAUCUGCCCCCUCAUCUGAACCUGGACCUGACUGAAUCUGUGAAUACAGCUGACAGGAGAAAUAUAUCUCCAAGAAGUACCUUCCCAUUAGAUCUGCCUACAAAUGCUGGUGCGGAGUCGAUGUGCCUACCAGACUUCCUUCCAGUUCACCCUGGAAGAACCUCACCCGAGCCUGAGCAUCAGGAUGAACAAAUGCAACAAAUAAUGGCCGAACUGGAGCGCACCAGGUCGGAGCUGUUCGCGGAGCGGUCGCUGCGCUCGCGCGUGGAGGAGGAGCUGUCGAUGGCGCGCUCGGCGCUGAGCGCGCUGCGCGCAGAGACAUCGCGGCGGGCGCGGCGCCGGGACGAGUUCGUUGGCGCUGUCGAUGUGGCCUCCGCACGUUCUGAAGCCAACCUUGCUGAAGCGCAGACGCGAGCGACAGAGGCUGAAGCGACAAUAGCUAAAUUGAAGAUUCAAAUUAAACAAUUAAAGGAGCAGCUGAGCGCGUCGGAGGCGGCGGCGGCGGCGCUGCGCGGCGCGCAGGGCUCGGCCGCGGCCGGCCUGCGCCGCGCCACCGACGUCGCCGAGGCCUCGCUGCGAGAGCUUCUUGCGGGGUUAGAGCAACUGAAAGUGUUAAGCACAACCCUAGACCCGACAUGA